AUGUUCAGCGCCGUCUCUAACCUCGGUGCGGGAGGUACCCAGAACCUGACGCUCUCCGACACGGCGAACGGCGUCCUGUACGGACUCUUCGCCGUCACCGGUCUCGUUAGCGGCGGUAUUGCCAACGUUCUCGGUCCCAAGAUCACCCUCUUCAUCGGUACUCUAGGAUACGCGCUUUAUGUCGGUGCACUCUGGUGUUACCAGACGCAAGGCACGUCAUGGUUCCUCAUCUUCGCGGGCGCACUGCUCGGUAUCUCCGCCGCGCUGCUCUGGUCCGCGCAAGGUGCGAUCAUGAUGUCGUACCCUCUCGAGAAGGACAAGGGCAAGGCGUUCGGUGUCUUCUGGGCGAUCUUCCAGUUCGGUUCGCUUAUCGGCGCGCUCAUCGCACUGGGGAUCAACAUCCGCUCGGGCUCGCUCGGCGCGGUGUCAACGUCGACGUACAUCGCGUUCCUGGUCAUCAUCUUCGUCGGUGUUGCGAGCGCUUUCCUCGUCCUCCCGCCGAACCAGGUCAUCCGGAGCGACGGCACGAUCGUCAAGCUCCAGGCAGCAUCCAAGCCGCACGUAGAGGUCAUCGGCAUGCUUCACACCCUCAAGGACUGGCGACUCCUCGCGCUACUCCCGAUGUUCUUCGCGUCGAACUACUUCUACGCGUACCAGGGCUCGAUCAACACCGCACGCUUCGAUGCGCCGACGCGUGCGCUCAACGCCGUCCUUGAGGGCGCGGGUGCGAUCGUCGGCGCGCUCCUGAUCGGCUUCUUCGUCCUCGACGGCAAACGCUUCGGCCGCCGUACGCGCGGGUACAUGGGCCUCGCCGUCGUCGUCGUGUUGACCAUUGCUGUGUGGGCAUGUGGCCUCGCAUGGCAGGUCACCUACACGCGUGACAGCCCCGACUACGUCCUGUACAAGAUCAACUACAAGGACGCCGCGUACAGGACGAAGGGCCCGCUGUUCUUCUUCUACUACUUCGGUGACGCGUGCUACCAGGCACUCGCGUACUGGAUCAUGUCCGCGCUCACGAAUGACCCCUUCACGCUCGCGCGUUUCGCGGGUAUGUACAAGGCCGUGCAGAGUGCGGGUUCCGCGGGCAGCUUCGGCAUGGACGCGGUCAGCACGCCGUGGCUGAACGAACUCCUCGCCAGCUGGAUCCUGAUGCUGGCCUCGUUCCCGCUCGCGUUCCUCGUGCUCCGCACGAUAAAGGAGACGAACUACGAGGACGAGCAGGUCGUGUACGUCGACGACGUCCAGAAGGACUCCGUGGAGCAGGGCACGCCCGAGGCAGACUCGGGCUCGAUCGAGAAGGAGGUCAUCGCCCCCGAGGUCAAGGCAUAA